ACGUCGAGUCGCUCCACCUCCACCUCGUCCGCCGCCUCCCUCUGCCCCCUCGGCUGCCGCGAGAGAGCCGUGCCCUCCGUCCUCUUGCCAUCAUUCUCUAGAGAAAAUUGGUCCCUGAGUUGGAUUGAAGAUGAGAUUAGAAAAGUGUUGGUUCUGCUCAUCGACCGUAUAUCCGGGACAUGGAAUUCAAUUUGUUCGAAAUGAUGCAAAGAUAUUCCGAUUCUGCCGAUCGAAAUGCCAUAAGAACUUCAAAAUGAAGAGAAAUCCUCGCAAGGUGAAAUGGACAAAGGCAUAUAGACGAUUGCAUGGGAAGGAUAUGACACAGGACUCAACAUUCGAGUUUGAAAGGAGACGUAACAGGCCUGAAAGAUAUGAUAGAAAUGUUACAGAGAUGACACUGAAGGCUAUAAAGAAGAUUGACAAAAUCAGAGUGGAUAGGGAGGUUAGACACCACAAAAUGAGGAUGAAGGGUAAAAAGGCAUUUGAGCAGCAGGCAGCAAUUAAGGAGUUGGAGAACAGUAUUGAUUUGGUCAAAGCACCUGUUGCCCUGCAACAGGAUUCACAAUUUACUCUUGCAAAGAUUAAAGUCAAGGUUUCUCAAUCACAGCCUGAGGGAGAGCGCAUGGAAGAAUAAUGCAUCGCCGAAUCUUAGGAGUCUUGUUGAGUUUUGUUUUGUGUUUUUGUGUGCUCGACUGCCUGUCAUGGUUAAUAUGUGGUUCCUUGAAUAUUCUUAUGUGAAAAAUGGAUACUUUGCUAUUAUU